AUGCUGGCUGUCCUAUUAAUAAAUCGUAUGAGUAUGCGGCGAAGGGCCACCCGUCGAUUGACGAAACCAAAAAUAUCGGAGAAAAAAGAACCUGAGAUUUCGAUAUGUAGGACCUGUUUGAGCACUGAAAACCUAGUUCCAAUUUUUGAAAGUGAGGAAAUGGAAGAAAAGAGAUCGGAGGAGUUCCGGCUGGUGACUGGCUUAGAGAUUAAGUUAAACGAUGGCUUGUCUCAGAAAAUCUGCAAUCACUGCAUUGAAUUUGUGCAAGCAGUGUUACAGUUUAGGAGGAAGAGUAGGAAGGCAGAAAAAGCCCUCCUUAACAUGACAUCGGGUGUGAAAGUGAAGAAGAAAUACUCCAAACGGAAACAUAAUCUAAGAAAGAGUCCAAGAAUUGAGAAAGGUAAAGCCGAAGUGCUGGUAGAAGACUGUUCUUAUGAUUUCUUUGAUGCUGAUUAUUCAAUGGACUAUGAUUGUUCUGCGGUUGAGGAUGAGAUUAAACCAAAAGUAAAAGAGUCAAAAGCAGCGAUCACCAAAGUAAAGAAUGGCUCGGCGUCUAAUGUGUCCUCAUACCAGUGCGGGUUCUGCAGCAAGGAGUUCCGCAUGAAGGCGACGUACAAGGCCCAUAUGAGGUUCCACACCAACUACUGUGUGUGUGAGGUUGUCUUGCGGCAAGAGGUGCCGGAACAACAACCAGCUGCAGGAGCACAAACGCGCGAGACACGGCCUUGGACGUAUACACAAGUGUGCCUACUGCGACUACACCUCCGCCACCAAGGAGGCCCUCACGGUAAUGCUAGCACCACUAUAAAAUCUCUCUCUCUUGGACGUAUACACAAGUCUGCCUACUGCGACUACACCUCCGCCACCAAGGAGGCCCUCACGGUAAUGCUAGCACCACUAUAA